GUCCGAUUCGAGAUCCGAUUAAGGGACCGACAGAGGGGGACCGGAAAAAAUCCUGGUGCUUGACUCACCCAUCUUCCCCUUCUCUAGUCAAGCGUCUGCCACAAAAUGGACGUGGACAUGAAAAACAAAGACGAGGUCGAUGACAAGCCAUCGACCAGCAGUGGUAGGGACAGGGACAGAGAUCGUGAAAGAGACCGUGACAGGGAGAGAGACCGUGAUUUUGACCGUGAUAAAGACAGAGACCGGGAUCGCGAACGGGACCGCGACAGAGACAGAGAGAGCAGACGGGACCGCGACAAAGAUAGGGACCGUGAAAGACGAGAUUCUGGUCGCUCCCGGCGAGGGGGCGGUCACGGCGACCACUGGGAGCCUGAGGAAAGGCGCAAUGGUGAUCGCCGCAAGCGUUCGCGAUCUACCUCUCGCUCCAGGCGCAGGUCGGCCUCUCCCAGGCGACGUUCUCGCCGUUCCAGGUCAGGUUCACGGUCUCGCAGCCGCUCCAGGAGUCGCUCACGCAGUCGAGACCGCAAAGCUGCAGAACCUUUUGCUCGUUCUUUAGGUGGUCCUAUGAAUGCGGACCAUGAGGAGGCCGUCGAAUUUGCCAAAAUCAGCAAGAGAGAAAACCGGGUCUACGUCGGCAACCUUAGUUACGACGUCAAGUACAGGGACCUGAUGGAAUUUAUGAGGGGAGAGAGGCAGAGGCAGGGAGCAUGCAUUUGG